CAAGACUUCAACGUCAUCAAACAACAACUGCGUGUAUAGGUGCUCAUCCAUGCCCUAGUCUAGAGCAAAAGUGACUGGGUGGGAUCCAACAAGAAAAACAGACGCUAAUAAAAGAAUCGUUAAUUUUUACGACCGCAUACAAAGACCUGACCACCUUUUGGUGACAUCCCGUCCAGCCACGUGAGGGACCACUACCGAUGCUGGGUCCAAUGGCCUCAUCUUCACCCUCAUCAUUCAACAGCACAUCAUGACGAGGUCCGAGCCGUUGACCUCGUUGGCCCUGGGCCGCUCUCCUUACGAUGAUGUAGUACAAGGAGAUGGUCCUCACGACCCCCGUCUACCUGCCCAGGCCUAUGACGAACGGGGCAGACCCAUCAACCCAGAGGCUAGGCGCCUUAACAGGGAGCUGAUCCGGGCGCACAACGAAGUCAUGCAUGCUAUCGGCGUCGCCGAGCCUGAGGAUGGUGGUGCCGAACGGCUCGCUGCCGAGUUCCAGCGGUUAAAGGCUAAAGCCAAUGCAGACCACAUAGGCUCAUGCAUGCACUACGUCGGAAUUCAUGCCCUCAAUGGAGGUAGUUUAGGAAUCGACGGUGUCAAGAGCCGCAUGCUGGCAUAUAAACGAUACAACGAUGUUCCUUUGGCAGACCUCUACUAUUACGAGCGCCGCCAAAGAUCACUCUUCGGUCUCUUGUUUCCUGGACUGCCCUGCGCCAUCGCAGAUGAACUCAUUAAUCAUAUUCGCUUUGAGACGUUUUCUCAUGUCAAGUCUUCGGUUUUAGAUGCAAUAAUCGUGUACAUACGAGCUCACCUGCAUAUUUUCAUGCCCAUCCAGUCCCUCGGCCUCGCUCCCAGAAACGCAUGGUUCCCCGGGUUGUCCUUUUUCCUCCUCUUCUCGGAAGACUCCCCCGUGGCGAAACCGCCGCCCUUGCUCUCCUUCCAGCCAAUGGACGUAAUCAGCUGGCUCGGCGGAGUGGCCAUAAGCUUCGCGCCGCUCGUGGCGCACCAGCUGACCGGGCGGUUGCAGGACAUCCUGGGCCUCUUUGUUGGCUACACGUUCUACCGACUGCUGCCCAAGCCGAGUAAGGAAGACGAGAUGCGCAGCGCCGGAUACUACUCACCCCGGCCGGAGCAGACGGGCGCCCCCGAGCAGACCCCGCUGCUCUCGCACCUGAGAGAAAACCUCCACCGGCCCAGGCGCACAUCCGACGGCGUCCCGAGGCCAGAGAGCGUCGUCCUGGGAGGCGAGGGCGGCGGGGGCCAGGACCAAGCUCCACACGCCGCCAUCCGCCGGCAGGGCACCUUCUCCUCGGUGCCGGCUGCGGAGGACUACGACAGCGACGAGGACGACGAAGAGGGCACAGAGCGCGUCUUCGCCACGCUGGUCCACGUGGACAGGGACCCGGAUGAGAUAGCCUCGGACGGUCCUCCGGGCGUCUGGUCGGCCGAGCUGCGGCCCAACGCCCCCACGGAAGGCAGCGUGCGAGGCGGCGACGGGCCAAACGGCGACCACCGCGGCGUCCGCUACAACACCAACAUGCACACCCUCUUCCCGGCCCGGCUGGCGUCCGACGUCUUUCAGAGGGCCGUCGUCACCUGCCUCCUCACGCCGCUCCAGGCCGUCACCAUCAGGCUGCUGGCGCGGAGCUACAUCGGCCGUCGGCCGGGCGGCGCCGACGCCCUGUCGGGGGUGUUUGGCGUUUCGCCGUUCGGCGAAUUGUCAUGGAGGAGCGUCGGACGCUUGGUAAUCCUGGACAUGGUGGCUUUUUUGAUCCAGGCCGAGAUAUGGUCCGUUAUGGCGCUGGUGUCGGAGUGCCUUCGGGAGGAGGAGCCGGAGAAUUAGGAUAUUUGGUCCCGCGUUGGUGCAUGUGUCCGAACGUGUCGUCGUGGGAUAUUUAGUGGUGUAAUAGCAUCUAAUUAGCGUAUAGACAUUUGCAUUUACAGGGUAAAAGACAAAUGGUUUGGACUGUAUACUCCCUUUUUUUUAUGCUAGCCGAUGGAGUAUGUGUGUUUAGCUGCCCUCUCGCCUCUGUUGUUAUAAUAUAUUUAUCACUGCUGCGAAA